AUGAUGAACGAGGGCGAUCCACCGCCGACAUCCCAACAAUCGGAGCCAGAAGCUCAACCGACUCCAGCUGCUCCACAGCCGGAAGGUGGUCGGGCAGAAGGUUCGGCGUCGUUUCUUCGUGCCGCCCGUGCUGGAGACUUGGAGAAAGUUCUCGAAUUGCUUCGAGCCGGAACUGACAUCAAUACGAGCAAUGCGAAUGGAUUGAAUUCGUUGCAUUUGGCAUCAAAAGAAGGGCAUUCGGAAGUGGUUAGAGAGUUGAUCAAGAGACAAGCACAAGUUGAUGCAGCUACUAGGAAAGGAAACACCGCACUUCACAUUGCCUCCCUUGCUGGACAAUCCCUCAUCGUCACGAUCCUUGUCGAAAAUGGAGCCAAUGUCAAUGUUCAAUCAGUCAAUGGCUUCACUCCACUCUACAUGGCUGCACAGGAAAAUCAUGAAGACGUUGUUCGAUAUCUUCUGAAUCACGGAGCCAAUCAAGCACUCUCAACUGAAGACGGAUUCACACCAUUGGCAGUAGCCCUUCAACAAGGACACGAUCGUGUUGUGGCUGUUCUUCUGGAGAACGACGCUAAAGGAAAAGUACGACUUCCGGCACUUCAUAUUGCUGCAAAGAAGGACGACACGAAAGCAGCCACACUUUUACUCCAGAACGAACACAAUCCAGAUGUCACAUCAAAGUCAGGAUUCACUCCUCUCCAUAUUGCUGCUCAUUAUGGUCAUGAGAAUGUCGGAACGUUGUUGUUGGACAAAGGAGCAAAUGUUAACUAUCAAGCUAGACACAAUAUUAGUCCACUCCACGUUGCAACAAAAUGGGGACGAAUCAACAUGGCCAAUGUUUUGCUUGCUCGCGGAGCCAUCAUCGAUUCCAGAACCAAAGAUCUCCUUACUCCACUUCAUUGUGCGGCCCGUUCAGGACACGAUCAAGUUGUGGAUCUUCUUGUUGUCCAAGGAGCUCCAAUCUCAGCAAAAACUAAGAAUGGACUGGCUCCAUUGCAUAUGGCUGCUCAGGGAGACCAUGUGGAUGCUGCCAGAACUCUUCUAUACCAUCGUGCUCCAGUUGAUGACGUCACUGUUGAUUACUUGACACCUCUUCAUGUCGCAGCUCACUGUGGACAUGUCAGAGUCGCCAAGCUUCUUUUGGAUAGAUCCGCCGAUCCAAACUCUCGAGCUCUCAAUGGAUUCACUCCACUUCACAUCGCCUGUAAGAAGAACAGAAUCAAGGUCGUCGAACUUCUUCUCAAGUACCGCGCCGCCAUCGAGGCAACAACGGAAUCGGGGUUGACUCCGUUGCACGUGGCCGCGUUCAUGGGAGCAAUUAACAUUGUCAUCUAUUUACUUCAACAAGGUAUGUCGAGACAGUCCGUGGGGAAACUCCUCUUCAUUUGGCAGCACGUGCCAAUCAGACAGACGUCGUUCGUGUGCUCAUUCGAAAUGGGGCCAAGGUUGAUGCACAAGCACGAGAACUACAAACACCUCUUCACAUUGCCAGUCGUCUGGGGAACACUGACAUUGUUGUGCUUUUGUUGCAAGCUGGGGCUAAUUCAAAUGCAACGACAAGAGAUCAUUAUUCACCACUCCAUAUUGCGGCUAAAGAAGGUCAAGAAGAAGUUGUGGGCAUUCUUCUGGAUCACAAUGCUGAUAAGAAUCUCCUCACAAAGAAAGGAUUCACACCAUUACAUCUGGCAUCCAAGUAUGGAAACCUUCAAGUCGUUCGACUUCUUCUGGAACGGGGUACUCCAGUUGAUAUCGAAGGAAAAAAUCAGGUCACACCACUCCACGUGGCCGCUCACUACAACAAUGACAAGGUGGCAAUGCUUCUACUCGAGAAUGGGGCUUCGGCAAAAGCAUCAGCUAAGAAUGGAUACACACCGUUACAUAUCGCAGCGAAGAAGAAUCAAAUGGAGAUUGCAUCAACAUUAUUACAGUUCAAAGCAGAUCCAAAUGCAAAAUCAAGAGCCGGAUUCACACCACUCCACCUUGCUGCUCAAGAAGGACAUAAAGAAAUUUCUGGACUUCUCAUCGAGAAUGGAUCUGAUGUUGGAGCGAAAGCCAACAACGGACUCACACCAUUACAUCUGUGUGCUCAGGAAGAUCAUGUACCAGUUGCUCAGAUUCUUGUUGAUUCUGGAUCAGAAAUCAACAGCAAAACGAACGCCGGAUACACUCCACUCCACGUGGCUUGCCAUUUCGGACAACUCAAUAUGGUUAGGUUCCUGGUUGAGCAUGGAGCUGAUGUUGUUACCUGAAAAUCAAUUAUCAUUUUUUCCAGGAGAAAAGACUCGUGCUUCAUACACUCCACUCCAUCAGGCCGCCCAACAGGGUCACAACAACUGCGUCCGAUACCUUCUUGAGAAUGGAGCAUCGCCGAACGAGCAAACUGCGACCGGUCAAACUCCUCUCGCGAUUGCCCAACGACUUGGAUACGUUUCCGUCGUGGAAACGCUCCGAACAGUCACCGAAACGACAGUCAUCACAGAGACAACGACUGUCGACGAACGAUACAAACCACAGAAUCCGGAGGCGAUGAACGAGACAAUGUUCUCCGAAUCGGAAGAUGAAGGACAGGCGGCUGAGCAUGAAGCAGCGGCUGCUCACGCGAAGGACUUCUCGGAUAAUAUGGCUGAAACAUUGCACGAUUCUACCGGAGUGCAUAUGAUCCACACUGGAGAACAGCCGAGCCCCAGACUCCUAAAAAUGGUAAAAAAUCAACAGAAAAUAUGUUUUUGUAUUUCCUAUGUACCGGUGCAUAAUCGAUCAUCGAACAAACAUUAUCUUCUCCAACGCAGUCAAGAGCUCGAGAACGGUGGAGCCAUUCCAAAGGUGAACUCUGGUGGAAUGUCCCCAGAAAAAGAGUUCGCGCGGAUUGCACCAGUUGCCACGUCAUCACCAAUUGCACAAUCCCACUCACAACCACUGGGUAUCGCUCCACGAGCCGGUUCGAUCUCUGGACAGUUCCAACAACAACCACUGCAUGGAGCUGGACCAGAGGACAAUUUGGAAGAGCUUGUACGACGUGCCCAGAAUCAUCCAAUCCAUACUGCCAACUACGAUAAUUCUGGAGUGGCGAUGUUGGAGAACGGACAUGCUGAUAAUGUGCCAAUUGGACAUCAUGUCACACAGCCAAGUUUCCUCAUCUCAUUCCUCGUCGACGCACGUGGAGGAGCGAUGCGUGGAUGCCGUCAUUCUGGAGUCAGAAUUAUUGUUCCACCGAGAAAGGCCUCGCAACCGAUUCGUGUCACUUGCCGUUAUUUGAGAAAGGACAAGCUUGCCCAUCCACCACCACUCAGCGAGGGAGAAGAGUUAGCUUCCCGAAUUCUCGAGAUGGCUCCAGCUGGUGCCAAAUUCUUGGGACCAGUCAUCCUCGAAGUUCCACAUUUCGCUUCACUCAGAGAUCGUGAACGUGAAAUCGUCAUUUUGAGAUCCGACGAUGGACAACACUGGAAAGAACAUCAACUCGAGGCAACAGAAGAUGCAGUUCAAGAAGUGCUCAACGAGUCAUUCGAUGCGGAAGAUCUUGCUCAACUGGACGACCUCCAAACUCCAAGAAUCACCAGAAUACUCACCAGUGACUUCCCAAUGUACUUUGCUGUUGUCACUCGUGUUCGACAGGAAGUUCACUGCGUUGGACCAGAAGGAGGAGUCAUCAUUUCAUCUGUCGUGCCACGUGUCCAAGCAAUCUUCCCAGAUGGAUCUCUCACCAAGACCAUCAAGGUGUCAGUUCAAGCUCAACCAGUUCCACAAGAAAUGGUCACUCGACUACAUGGAAAUCGUGUUGCUGUGUCUCCAAUCGUCACCGUUGAGCCACGUCGUCGCAAGUUCCACAAGCCAAUCACCCUUUGUAUUCCACUUCCACAAAGUAACAAUAAGGGAAUGCUCACUCAGUAUUCUGGACAACAAGGACAAGAACCACCAACUCUUCGAUUGUUGUGCUCAAUCACUGGAGGUUCUGCACCAGCACAAUGGGAAGAUAUUACUGGAACAACUCAACUGACAUUCACAGGAGAUGAAGUAUCAUUCACUACAACAGUCUCUGCCAGAUUCUGGCUUAUGGACUGUCAAACGCCACGUGACGCCGCCAGAAUGGCACAAGAAGUGUACAACGAGGCCAUCUCAAUUCCAUACAUGGCCAAGUUUGCCGUCUUUGCCCGAAGGACGUUCCCAGUUGAAGGACAACUUCGCGUGUUCUGCAUGACUGAUGACAAGGAGGAUAAGACAUUGGAAAAACAAGAACAUUUCAAGUUAAUUGCCAAGAGUCGCGAUGUGGAAGUGCUGAAAGGAAAACAUCAAUUCCUUGAGUUCUCUGGAAAUUUGGUGCCAAUUACCAAGUCUGGAGAUCAACUAUCUCUGUUCUUCCUUCCAUUCCAAGAAAACAGAUUGGCGUUUAUGGUCAAGACAAGAUCAAAGGAUGACACAGAAGCAGCCACUGAAGGAAGAAUCGGAUUCAUGGCUGAGCCAAAGAUCAGAUCUGAUGCUCUUCCACCACAGCAACCAACUUGCACUCUAGCCAUCUCCCUUCCAGAAUAUACCGGAGAAGUCAAAGCAACUCCAGCACCAAAGAAGGAUGCCACUCCAUUCGAACAACGAUAUGGAUCCGCUUUGGAGAAAGAGCUCCCAGAAUUCGUCCACCAAAACGUUCUUAAAGGAAUCGGAGCAGAUUGGCCAAGACUUGGACGUGCUCUCGAAGUCCCACACCGCGAUAUUCAGCACAUUAGGCACAAUUAUCCGGGACAAGAGUGCAAGAACACAUUGAAGAUCUGGAUUCAUCUCAAGAAGGAAGAUGCCACUCAAGACAAUCUAGACCUAGCCCUUAGACAGAUUGGAAGAGAUGAUAUCGUCAGAUCGAUUGCCUACGGAGAGCCAGAAGCGUUGAUCAACUACAGUCAAGCCGAUUCGCCAAGUCAGAAGAGGGAACCAAUCAGACACUUUGAAGACGUUCCGGCUGCUACUUUAAUGAAGAGAGAAGUCAGAACAGAAGACUUGGUCACGAGGGAACCUAUCCAACAAACUCAUAAUGUCGAGCAGUCGACUACGGUAGCACAAGAGCCAUCCUAUUCCGCUCCAGUUCAUCAUAGCCCAGUGCCAGAGGAACCAGAGUUCGAAGGUAAGAAUUACCAGAAAGAAGCUCCAGUCGCUGAAAUGAGAACUGUUGUCCGAACGGAACGACAUGUUCAUGACACUGACAGCGGACCAGUCGUCGAGGAGAGAACCAUCACGACGACUUAUGAAGAUGACGUGGCAGUUAACGAAAACAUUGUUGAUCGCACAGUCCCAUUGAACGAUGAGGAGCGGCAAAAAUGGGAAGAACUAAACCGUUUGGCCGAUGAGUCCUCACCAUCACCAGCUCAACGUUCUACAGUAGUAGCCGAGAGCACCUCGGAACAGAUUCCAGAAGACGUCGAACAAAGCGUAGAGUCGGAAAGCCAUCGUGAAGAUGAUGGAACCAUUGUCACAACGACAGUGACCACCAGCCACAUCAGCGAAUCUCCACUCGGUUCCCCAACAGCAAGAUCAGAAGAACCAGAAGAACGGAAACAUCCUGACGAUCAUGAUGAAGAAGAAGAAGGUAGAGCCUGA